CUUUCAAUACAAUUUCCUCCUGGCCUCUCGGACAGCCACAUAAAUGAGGUUGCCAGAAAUUAUUUUUUUAUUAUUACAUUAGGAGAACAAAUCCUUAAUAUAAGUAAAAGGAAGAAGGGAAAUCUAGUUCCAAAUCAAACCUUUAAUAUCCUCUCAAGUGCUUUUAACCAUUAAAUCAAAUGUUUAGGGACGAUUGUUAUAAACUAUUUAAUCAUAUCAUCCUAAUUCACUUGAAAUGUUAAUUUUUCCUUUGUGUGUGUGUGUGUCUGGGUGUGUGAAAAUGCGUUCUUCUUCAAAAAUUCUUCUAGCAUUAUGUGUUGUUCUUGUUUUCUAUAGCACAGAAGCUAGGAUAGGAGAUGUUGGAGUCACUCAUCGAAAUCAAAUAUUUCCAGCCCGCAUAGCAUUUGGAGAUUCAAUGCUGGAUACGGGUAACAACAACUGGCAAUUAACAGCAAUAAAGUGCAAUUUCCCUCCUUAUGAACGAGACUUACCUGGAGGAAUAGCGACAGGGAGAUUUGGAAAUGGAAAAGUUUUAUCUGACUUAAUAGCGGAAGGUUUGGGAAUUAAAUCGGUAGUGCCUCCAUUUCUUGACCCAAAUCUUCCAACUGAAGAACUUGCUACAGCCGUAUGCUUUGCUUCAGGUGGUUCAGGUUUAUACAAACUAACAGCCAAAAUACAGAAUCUUAUAUCGAUCUCCGAUCAGUUCAAUAUCUUCAAACAAUACCUAGUAAAACUAGAAGGAGCCGUCGGAAUGGAGAAUGCCAAAGCCACCAUAUCCAAUGGCGUGUUUCUCAUGUCAUCCGGCAACAAUGACAUUGCGAUCACCUAUUUUACAAUUCUCAAGAAUAUGGAGAUGGCUCAACCAAGCUGCAGUGAAGUUCAGCUGGAAGCCGAACUAAGCAAUCUUAACAAUAACCUUUCUGGAGCUAAGAUAGUCUUCAUUGAUGUCUUCAACUUUCUGCUUGAAGUCAUUCAGCAUUAUAAAAAAUAUGGAUUUGAUGUUGCCAGCCGUAGUUGCUGUGGGACGGGAUGGGUAGAGAUGAUAUUUCUAUGCAACAAAUAUAAUCCGAUGACGUGUCCCAAUCCAAAUACCCAUGUGUUUUGUGAUGUGGGGCAUCCCUCAGAAAGAGCAUACAGGAUUAUCGUCCCGGGAGUCAUUAACCAAAAUUUACAGCAGUUUUCGACUGAACACGGAACCUGCUUUCCAUCUCUAUCCUCCCUCGACAAAUCAAAGAUUAAUAGUCAUGAGCAAUCGAUGACCAAAAGAGGAAGUACAGGUGAUGUUGGAAUCUCUAUGGCUGCAAGCUGUCCUCGAAAUCAAACAUUUUCUGCUCUUUUAGCAUUUGGAGAUUCAAUACUUGGCACGGUUAACAACAACAAUCUUUCUACAAUAACAAAAUGCAAUUUCCCUCCCUAUGGAAAAGACUUUCCUGGAGGAAAAGCAACUGGAAGAUUUGGAAAUGGAAAAGUUUCGUCUUACUUUAUGGCUGAAAGUUUGGGAAUUAAGUCUAAAUUGCCGGUAUUUCUAGAACCAAAUUUUCAAAAUGAAGAUUUUGCAACAGUUGGAGUGAAAAAAACCAAAGCUACCAGAUCCAACAACUUAUUCCUUGUGUCAUCUGGCAACAAUGACAUUAGGAUCACCUAUUUUUUAAUUUUGAAGAAUGACAUUAAUGAAUGCACAACACAAUUGGUUGGUUGGGCUUCAACUUUUCUUAAGGAUUUGCAUGGAAUAGGAGCAAAGAAGUUUGCAUAUCUAAGCACUCUACCUUUGGAAUGCAUGCCGGCGACGAGAAGUACUAUGAGAGGAAAUUGUGUAGAACUGGCCAACGAAGCAGCAGUGAUGUUCAAUUGGCUUAAUGAUUCCACCCAUGGUUGGUGUGGCAUGGGGACGGUAGAGGCAGCAUAUCUAUGCAACCAAUUCAAUCCAUUGAUAUGUUCCAAUACUUCUAACUAUGUAUUUUGGGACGCGGGGCAUCCCUCAGAAAGUGCAUACAAGAUUAUUGUCUCGGAAGUCAUGGACAAAAUUUUGCGGCAGCUUUUAGUUUAA